AACGCCCAAAUGUUCAACAACGAAAGACAACAAGAAAGGGGUCCUGCCCGUCGCUCUCUUCUCAUCCAGAAGACCUAUUAUCAAAACACCGUUAUUUCUACUUGCAAAAGGUUACAUACGGUCAAUAAACCUCGUGCGCCAUCAACUUGUUUUGACGCUUGACCUCAUUCAUGUCUUCAUCCGACAGGCCUUCGGCCUCAUUUAUCCCUUUGCAAUCGGAAAAGGUCAAAUUUUACGCUACGGAAGCAUGGAAAGAGGUCAAGCCGGUUGCUGAAUCCUUACCGAGACCGAAACGCAGUACGAUUGCACGAUUCUUCGCAACAGAUGCCUGCGACGAUCCAAUCAACUAUGCAAUUUCGGAGUAUUCAGCAAAGGGGCUAUCACAAACGACAAAGGAAUGCGAAACGCGGGAAAUAUUGAGCUAUAAAAGAGGGGGUCUCGUCGUGUUUCCUGGGAAGGCAAUUGUUGGUCAAACCUUCACAAUAAUGAUUCCUCUUGAAGUGUGUGGGGAGGUAUAUAUGGAAGGGUUGGCCUUGGAUACAAGCCACCAUUAUCAUAUUUUCAGGGAAUGUAGCGUCGAAGUGUCGGAAGGUGCCAAACUAACGGUACUGGUAAUAUCUGAUCUUACAUGAAGUGUUACUGAUAAUUAAUUGAUUUGCGCUCUAUCA